AUGACAUUAUUCAUUACUGGGCGGUAUGGAUUAAUUGUUCCUAAAAAACUGUCAGACCUACCGAAGAGGAUUACCAAUGUKUUUGGCGAUGACAGUGAUUCUGAAAACGAAACAUCAAAAAAAAAACCAAUUCAAACUAAUAACCAAACUAAAGCUCAGCAAAGAAGUGUAAAAUUAUCUAUUGAUAAGGCGUUGAAAGAAGAUGCAACAGUUUUUCAGUACGAUGAAAUCUAUGAUGAAAUGGAAAAAAAAAAAGAGCAUACCAAUGAAAAGAAGAAAGAUGUUAAGCCACGAUAUAUACAAAAUUUAUUAGUCCAAGCUGAGAAACGUAAAAUUGAAUAUGAACGUCGAAACGAACGAUUAAUUCAAAAAGAAAGGGAAGCUGAAGGAGAUCAAUUUAAAGAUAAAGAAGCGUUUGUCACUGCUUCAUACAAAGCAAAACUGGAAGAAUUAAGAAAACUAGAUGAAGAAGAAUUAAAGUUUUCCAUGAUUGAAGACAUUAAUGAUGUAACAAAACAGAAAGACAUGGGUAGUUUUUAUAGACAUUUAUUUAAAGAAGAAUUGUGCAAGAAUGAAAAUGGUAAGACUGAUGAAGUGAAAAAGACAACAAAAAAAUCUGAAGCAAGUCGUCAAUAUAGAAAGCGUGCUUCUUCAAACACUUCAGAUGAUGAAAAUGCUAAUGAUGAUAGAGAUACUGACCUUUCAGAAUCUGAUUCAUCAGUGGAUUCCAAGCGUAGAAAAAUUGAAAUUCAUGACGAUAAGAAUUCUGUAAAAGAAAAUUUAGACGAGACCGAAGUAAAAUUCAAAGAGUCAAUUACAGAAAUAUCUAARGUAAAGGAUACUGCACCAAAUGAAGAACAAAAACCAAAAGAAGAAACUAAAGAGAUACCUAAAGACAAAAAAGUUGAGAAAAAUGAAAGUAAACCGAAAGAGAUUAAACCAAAAAUAAAUAUUUGGUUAAAGAGGACAGUUGGUAAUAUUUUUGAAGAAGCACAACAAAGAUAUUUCCAAAGAAAAAUGACUAAUUUACAAUGUGUAAGAACUUAGGAUUUAGGUAUUAUUUUGUCAUCAUGAACAUGCAAAAGAUAAAUAAUAUAAAUAUAUU